UUUUUCAACUUUUUUAAUAAAUUUCAAAUAUUAUUUAAUUUAAUAGCGUGAUUGUCAAUUCAAUUAAUUAUUUUUAAAUUUUUUCCUCUAUCCAUGUAAGUGCAGCAUUCAUAAAAUAAUACUUUUGUCUAUGAUACACUUCAUAUUCUUAAUUUGAUAUUUAUGUAAAUAGUUUUUAUGGUUUAUAUUCGUUAGAAUUCUUAAUUUGUCUCAACGCAAGCGCAUUUUUAAAUCAAGUCAUAGUCACUCGAUUUUCUGGGGUCGGCCUGCAAGGUGGCAAGGCUAGGAGAUGUUCGUAAGAUUUGGUAGUUUUGGUAAUGUACUCCCUUUGUUGGCCCAAAAUGGGCAACAACAACAACAAAGGGGUAUGGCCACCCUUAAAUCUAUUUCAUUACGUCUGAAAUCUGUAAAGAACAUUCAGAAAAUUACUCAAUCUAUGAAGAUGGUGUCGGCUGCCAAAUACGCCAGAGCCGAAAGAGAACUGAAAGCUGUACGCCCCAUUGGUGAUGGAGCUAAACAAUUUUAUGAAAAAGCUGAUAUUCAACCUGUUCCGGAUAUACCUCAAAAAUUAAUCAUAGCCAUCACUUCUGAUAGAGGUCUUUGUGGUGCUGUCCACACUAGUGUUUCUCGUCACAUCCGUACUGAACUGGGAAAAGAUGAUACAAAUAUCAAAGUUGUUUGUGUUGGUGAUAAAUCACGUUCCAUCUUACAACGUAUCUAUGGCAAGAACAUCAUCCUCGCUUGCAAUGAAAUUGGACGUCUACCUCCAACUUUCAUUGAUGCUUCUAAAUUAGCCGACGCUGUUUUGAAAUCUGAUUAUAAGUUCAGUGCUGGAGAAAUCGUUUACAACAAAUUCAAGUCUGUUGUAUCUUACACCACCCAGAUUUUGCCAAUGUUCAGUUUGGCUGCUGUUACGGCUGCUCCUAAAUUAUCCAUCUAUGAUUCCUUAGACGAUGAAGUAGUCCAAAGUUAUUUGGAAUUCUCUUUGGCUUCCCUCCUAUUUUAUGCCAUGAAAGAAGGUGCAUGCAGUGAACAAUCAUCUCGUAUGACUGCUAUGGAUAACGCCAGCAAGAACGCCGGUGAAAUGAUCGACAAACUCACGUUGACUUUCAACCGUACCAGACAAGCUGUCAUCACCAGAGAAUUGAUCGAAAUUAUUUCCGGAGCUUCUGCUCUGUAAAUUCCAGUCUAAAAAAAAAUAACAGUUCUGAGGAUUUUUAUCUUGUUGUACUUUAAUUUUUUUGUUAAACUAGUUCUUUUUUUAAUCCGCUGGUGGUGGGUUUCUUCGGUGUUGAAAAAAAUUGAAGGUAAGUCCAAAUUCUCUAGAUAUUCACAAGUUUGUUCCAGUAGAAGCUCUUCAAAAUGGUGGAUUAUACUUAGAUACUUUUUUUUUUUUAAUUAAAAUUUUGCAAAAAUUUUAAAGGUAACAAUAUAGAAUUAUUCAGUAGCUAUAUAACAAUUUUUUAGACUUGGAAAUAAUUCUCGAUUUGUAAAAAUUUAAGUUGCAAAAAAAUUAGGUGGAUUGAUAGAUUCGAUAGUUCUUUUCGUUCGGGUCUGAUUACAGCAGUGGUUAUGUAUAUAAAAGGAAAGUAAGCCCAAAAUUCUCAAAAUCAAUUUUUUUAUAUUCAUUUUCACUGCAUUUUCAGAUUUUCAAUUUAUCUAAUGAAUUGGUGGAAAUAAAAACUUUGUAUAUAC